AUGGGACCACACAACUUUUCAACCUCCACUUUAUUCUUCGUUGUAUUUGUCUUAAGAACCGUCAUCCUUCUCCAGGCUGCUAUUUCCUACAUCGAAGGUAAGCGGAAAACGUCAUUACAUCACAUCCUAAAUCUUCAGACUGCUCUUUCCGCUUCGCAGUUUCUGCAACUUUAUGCCUGUAUUUGCCUGCUUAUUUCGUCGCCUGUUGUUUAACUAACACUAAUAAUAUUGUGGUGAAUUGCUCUCUUCAGGGGCUGCAUUAAACGAGAAAUUGUUGGUCAAACGCUUAGAGGAGAUCAACUCAAACGUGCGACCUGUGAACAACUCCUUGUCCGCAGUGAAUGUGACUCUCGACAUUACAUUCUAUGGCGUUAUAGAAAUGGUAGGCAACAUUAUAUAUUGUCUUUAUAUAGGUUACUAUUUGUAAUUGCUUGCAUGUACACGUAUACAACAGUUCUAUUUCACUGAUUAUUCCUAAAAGCAACAGCCGCUCGACUUCAGCUAACAAGGAUUCCACAACUAACUUCCUGAUACGUGAAUAGAAGAACGCAAUAAAUGGUCUCUCAUUGGAUUAUAUUUUUUUGUUUGGCGAGAAAGGGCCCUUCCAAAUUUUUCUAUUUCCUAUCAAGCAUUUAUUUAUUAGCAUAUUCGAUUACAACUACACAACUUCAAAAAUAUCUUGUUGAGUCAUUCUAGCGUUAUCUAUACCUUCUCCUCUUUGGAAAUGACAUUUAAUGAACUGGAUUCCAAGGGUUUGCCCAAAAUAUUUCUGCACUUAAAUCAGUAAGUUUUGCAAACGGUACCAUCAGAUAACAAAAUAUUGGUCAUAGUGUCUUCAGCGACCGAACGGAAUGUCUGCUUCAGGAUCGUUUCUGACACCAAAGUGAAAUCACCCGAAAAAAGAUGGAUCAAUGCCUCGCACUUAAGCCACUAGAGGAAAAUAACUGUUAGCAUGCCGCUUGGCUUUAAUACAUUUAGGAAGCUUCGCAACACAAAUAAAAAAACAUCGUUCCUUAUCGUAAAAUAAACGGAUUCUUAAUUUUCAAUGUCUAUGAUAAGCACGUGAGCUAUCUGCCUCUACGUCUUUUCGUUCUCGUUCCGUUGUCUUAGUUUCGAGAAAAUUUCGCUGAAGGCUUGCUUAUUUUUCACACUUUUCAAAGAACCAUAAUAAGUCCCUGCAUAUUAACUCAGCAAUUAAGAUAAUACUGAUAGAAGCGCAAGUUACUUUUAAUCUGCGCAGGACAAAGUGGUAAACAUUUUGAUAAACUCGUUACUAUUCAUCCUUGAAAAUUUAAUCAACAUGGUAACAGUUGUUUAUAUUUUUAAAACAAUAAGCUCAUCCAGCGAGUUUGAAAUACAUUUCAUUCGCCACCCGGGUCUUACGGCUCCUGGUAUAUUGUGUUCGCCCACAGUUCUUUGCCUUAAUCUUUUCGCUUGCGGCUAGUUGAAUAAACAACUCCAACGUCUUUCAAAUCUGAAGAAGCCUAAGGACUGUCUUUCGUAAACGUUCAUUUGACGACUUUGCAUUUAGAAUGAAAUAAUUGCGAUAUUUUAUUAAAGUUGUUAGUAUGAUAGGGAAAAUGUCAUUUAUUUGACAAACCAACAAGCAAUUGCAGCUAUUAAUUGGGUGCUACACAUCUGUCGAAUUAAUUAUGUUUGAAUAAGACUCUGUUUGUAUUCUAAAUUUUGAAAUGUUUUCUUUCACGUUUUGUUUCGUUUUUAAAUUAUCUCUGGAAAUUGGAUAACGGAAAAAUAAUAUCGAAUGUUUUGAAAUAUUUUAUAACCUACAUUAGGCUUUUUAUUGGAGGCAUCUAAAUUUAUAGAGCUUUAGGAAAUUACUUUAUAACCGCAUAGAAUGAUAAAGCGAAAAAGAUGGCAAAUGUUUUAAUUAUUAAAGCAUUUUUCUCCUAAUUUACGCCUUUCGGGCACGAUAAGCGACUUAAAAAAAGGCUGCUGUUGUUUUUCUGUUGUUGUGGUUUUUUCCCGGCCCUUUGAGCAAACUUCCUAUUUCCAAUAUAUCUGUCGCAUAGGUCUGCUAAUCAAUGAACUCGACCACAUGAACUUGUUUUCACGUAAAUGUAAAAAGGCUGGCUAUCCUACAACUAAAUUAUAAGAGGUUAAACGUUUUUGAGUGUGAGAGCGUAAAUACGAAACUUAUCGAUUUUAACUUUUUUCUGAUAUCGUGUUGUUACAAUAUUAUGGUUGGUGAUUGUUUGAAGAAUACUUGCUUGUCUGCCGAGAUUAAUGCGUAGAGGAUAUUUAUGCGUCCUUCAGCAGGUCGUUUUUUUUCUUAUGGGUCGGUUCAGCUUAUGAGCUUCUGCUUAGGAUCCCCACCAGGUUGCCCUCAUGCCAUCCGCGCUUUUGUUUUACAGUACCCCGGUGUACCUCUGUCCCUACUUUAAGAUACCACGACGGCGACGGCCACGAAAAUGUCGCUUAUAAAGCGAAACCGUGCGUUCUGUCAAACUCUAUCGCGAUUAUUCGAAUUCGCUUACUUUGUCAAAUGCAACCGAACUAUUCUGGAGCGGAAUUCCUUCCAGUCAGUCUAAGUUCACAAAGAGAGAGAAACUUUCGUCUUCGCUCGUUCUCGUUCAAGUCGUAGUCGUGCCGUGACGGCAGAGAAGUGUACAAAAAAGCGUGCUGCACGUGCAGAGUUGUUGUUUUGCCUAGUAUUCAACCUAUAUUGCUUUUUUGACGUUCUCGCUGCCGCCGCCGUUGUGACAUCUUUUAAACUCCCUAAUCGGAAGAGAAAGGCGCGCUCGACAAAACAUGACAUAUACUUGCCCAUAAGUGGGCUUUUGAGAAGUUUGAUCGAUGGCCCAAACAAAAUGGAAUUUUAGAAAAGUCUUAACAUGACACAGCAUGUGCUUUGAUAUUUUAAACCCGCUUUGUAUAGUAAUACUUUAAUUUUACUGAAAGAAUAGACAGACGACUUCUUUCGCACCAAUUGAGCGGACUCAUCCGUAGAACCUUAGGAUUUCAUCCACUGUCCCGGCUUAGAACUAUUUUCCAUGUUUUAAUGAGUGGAUAACUUUCGAAUGACAACGUCAACCUUGACUGCCUUAGAACUGGCAUUAAUUACAGAAGAUUAAGUAACAAGUGCGUUUUAAGAUUGCUGCGUCAUCUUCCGGGAAGUCAAAGCCUUGGCGAAGUUUCACUUUCUGUAGUAGUGUAAUGAUUGCUGGCCUCUUUACAUGUUCUGGCUCGUACUGUAAAGAAUGGAUCAGGCAUGACCGCAGAAUGGACCCUUCAGCCAACGUGCUUAGUCGAAAAUUUACACUACACAAAUAGGAAAACCACAACUUGGGGGAAAAGGCGGAAUAUUGUUAAGUUGACCAAAUAAGCAGGUUGUGGUAUUGUUUUGGCUAUUGUUUUGUUCGUUUUCCACCUUUCAGUGGAAAAAGUCUAUUGACCCGCGAUGGACCGACAACUUGCAAACUUAAGUUGUUUAUAUUCCUCCGUUUCCAAAUCAACAAGCCUUGGUGCUAAUGGUAUUGCAUGUAUGAAAGGUGAUUUCUUAUUGACUCGCCUAAAGAGUUGGAUGAGAGAAUUUCAUCAAUAAUCCAGCAUUUUCCCGUUGGUGAUCAUUUUUUAAAUACUCAUAACCUUUUCCCUUAAUUAUGUAUUGACAGUUUUGGGAGAAAUAUCGUUGUUGAUCGCUGUUGGCACUUAGAAGUUUAAGGGUGCGUUUCGUUGGGAUAAUCCAGAAAAAAAUUCUUGAUUUCAGAUUCCUUGGAUUCGUUACAACGUAACGGGCCCGGUUCAGACGCCGAACAUAAUACAUUGAAUUAAGUACCUGAAAAGUUCGGUCCCUGAAUCAACUAGGAACACCUGUUUCAAUUUGGAACGGCUCAGCCGUUCUUUUCGCCUGGCCCAGCCGGGAAUUUCGCCUUUGGAGCGACUUUGGAACGGCUUUGAUUCAGACGCCGAACUUUUCAUGUACCGAACCUAAUACAUAAAUUUUUUUAACGUAUUUUGUAAGUAGUUUGACCGAAAUGAGCAUUUUUCUACUUUUGAAUUUAGUUGGGCUGGAAUUAAGAUCGACGUCUGAAUCAAUUCAGCCGGUCUAAAUAAUUUGGGUCGGCCUUAAUUCGAAUUAGGUGCAGCUCAUGAAAAGUUCGGCGUCUGAACCGGGCCGAAGAAACGAAAACUUGAAAAUCGAUUCUUGCGUGCCAGCAAUACUGACGUGAGCCCUCGAGAUGUGCCGUGCCUCGUAUCUUCAUAGAAAGUAUAAAAGACUACUCGCCACUGGUGCUAUUUGCCCGGAUCUGUUCCUUUUGGGCUGUGAUUUCUUCAGAUUCGAAAUUCAUUUUUGCAUUCAGGAAUCUGCAUUUGGAUUUUGGCAAAGAAAUGCACCUUAGACUUUCACUCUAACUAUAUUGUUAUUUUUGCUUCAAUGGCGCAGAUUAACCUGUCUUAAUAUGAAAAUGCUCGCAGCUGUUGCCUUGAUUAAGCGGUAAUUUUUGCAAACGAUUUAGGGGCUUCUUGCUAACUAACGGCUAACCAAUUUAUCUAAUGCGUUGCCGCAUUCACCUAAGCAAAGUAAUAUGCUCUUGGAAAUUGUUCAGCGAAGAUUUAGUCUAAAGCAAGUAAUUUUUAAAUGCUAUAAUCUUACUAACUUCCUCUAAUUCAGUAACAACAUCAUAUGUUCUAAUUUUCCUUCCAGGACGAAAAAUAUCAAAUUCUCUCUAGUAGUGUAUGGGUCAGGCAGGUAAGUCCUGGAACCGAGAAAACUAGAACUCGAUCCCAGACCCUUCGUGCGACCUUGUGAGCUGCGAGAUUUCGUGUCAGCAGUCGUUCAUAGAUGGCCAUGCGUCAUGGGCCCUAGGCCAGGUUAGGCCAGGUCGCAGAAGGGGGUUGGGAGCGAGAGGUUUUGCGCAUGCUCUAAGUUAGUCAUUACUUUUCCAGGAUGAAAAGCACCAAAUUCUCAUCACAGACAUCUGGUUGAGACAGGUAAGAUGUGACUGAAGACUGAAGACUGCAGCCCUCCGCCCUGCUGCUGUGUGAAGAUCUUCUAUAGUGAUUCACCCGUAUUAAAGACUCCUCGUCCGUUGACUUCUCUGUGCAGGCCCCCCGGGGAGGUACUCUCUAUAAUGGCCUAUAAGGGGGGGGGGCUCCGCCUGAAAGGGGUACCUUUUUCAGUUAUCAGUGCCGGAUCCAGACCCUGGGGGGGUCCGGUCACCCAGACCCUUAAAUACGGGGGGGGGGUCCCCCAAAAAAAAAAAAAAUUUUUUCGGCCCUUUGGGCCUCAGUUUGGUCUAAAAAUACGAUUGGGGCCGGGCCCCUCCCCUGGAUCCGCCACUGGUUCUAAACUAGGUAUGUGAAAGGCGUACCAGUUGUCAAUAGAAGGUAUACGAAAGGGGUAUCUUUUCCGUCAAAAAUGGUAUAUAAAAGGGUAAGAGGUUGGAUUUUGGGGCGGAACCUCUCCCAGUAUAGAACUUUUUUGAGUACCUCUCGACGUGCAGGCCAUGCUUACCAUACAUUUUGUUCGUAUUCUGCAUGUGCUUACAUCGCCUACGAUCCAGUGAAAACAAGACUGUCAGAAUAAAAAUGCUAGUUCUAAAGCACUGCGAUUGUUUUACUCUUACGCUUCUACUGGCCCACUCUGACAAUCUAGGGUUUACUGGAUCAUAAGCGAUGGAAUGAAGAGAAAGAUAGAAAAGUCCGCUUAUCGCUCCGUCUGUUAGAUUUUUACCAACCCCGUGCCCUUUCCAUUCCCCUCAAAAAGGCAAUGAUUGUUUUAAGUUUAUUUAAGGAGUCACUCCCCGGGGAAAAUAUGUCUUCUAAACGGCCAGUUUUCAAUGUCUGGCUAACAGCCUACCCUCUCCCCCCCCCCGCCCCCGAAAAUUGAGCGCCAUCAUAGCGUCUUAUCUUAAGAGGUGGUGAUAUCUUUCCCAUUAAGUAUGGCGAUUCUUUCUUUUUACAGGAAUGGGUUAAUGAAUUGGUGCGUUGGAACCCGGAAGAUUAUGGUGGACUAAAGCAUAUCACUGUCGAUUCUUCUCUUGUCUGGCAGCCUGAUCUCGUCCUUUAUAACAAGUGAGUUAUACCAACAGUAACCUCCGUUGCUGGCGAAAUUUUUCGGGCUGGCAACGAGUAAAGUGCGAGUGAGCGUCGAAGCCGCGAGGGAAAUGGGGCGGAAACAACGACUCUCGUCCCUGAUUCCCGAAACCCGCGCCAGCUGCGCAGUCCUUUACCAACACGAGUUAUUCUUUGUUAUUUAUUUAUUUAUUAUAUUUUUUGUUAAGAAGUAUUGAGUGGGAAAACACAUCUUUGCCUGUCUUGCUUAUAGACAAAUCAGAGAUCGAAGAUUCAGCCGAGGCAACAAAUUUUAUCCCAGUCAGUUUAAAUCGUCAGCUAAUUCGGUAUAAUUUAGGAUUGAAAAUUCUUUGCAGACGGACAAUUCAUCUCUUGUUUUUGCCUAUUACUAUAAGGAGUGCCGAGACUAAGAAAAGCUUAUUUGUUUAUAUAUUUACGUGUUUAUUCAUUUAAUUUCUGUAGUGUUUUUGAAGAAUUUGACGGCAGAAUGGACAACGUGAAGACACGCAUUCGUAUUGCACACGAUGGUCAUUGCUUCUGGGCGGCGCCCUUCGUCUUCAAAACUUCCUGCCACUUUAAAGUGCACGAUUUUCCUUUUGAUAAGCAGCAGUGUAAACUUAAGUUUGGAUCGUGGCUAUUCACCUCGAAAGACCUUGAUCUGUUCAGAAAGAAUGAAACGGCUCAAGUUGCAGAAAACAUGCUUGACAACGGCGAGUGGGAUGUGACAUCGAUUGACAUCGAAAAAAACGUGGUAACAUAUUCUUGCUGUCCGGACGACAAGUACCCUGACAUCACCUUUGAGAUCAACCUUAAGAGGCGGUCGUUGUUUUACACUUACAAUUUGAUCAUCCCUAACUUUCUCAUAGCACUUCUCGCCUUCUUUUCUUUUUACAUCCCUGUGGAGUGCGGAGAGAGAAUUUCGUUCGUGAUCACUGUUCUGUUGAGCAUGACUGUUUUCUUGCUGUUGGUGGCAGAGAGUAUACCGCCUACAUCUGAGGCUGUCCCGGUCAUAGGCAUGUACUACACCAGUUCCAUUAUCGAGGUCGCUCUUGCGCUGGUUGCGACUGGAAUCAGUCUUAAGGUGUAUUACACUUAUUUAUACGGGAGCGGUUUGUCGCCCGGCUUGAGGAAAUUCCUCUUCUACCGCCUCGCGCCACUGCUCUGUUUUAAUACCGAAAUCACUGGCAAAAAGGAACACCGUAAAAAGAAGUCGUGCCUUGGAAAUCCUUUUAAAUUUCUUAAUAAGCUCAGACCAAACUCUUCGCGAAACAGUGAUCUUUCCAUGUACAAUGUUUCCGUGAACUGCGAGGCAGUUACUCCGCAUGUGCAGAAAAAUGGCGGUGUGAAUUUGGACUCCGUCGAAGUGAGGAAAAGUAAUACCAAGGGUGUUGUAGACUCGCAAGACGAAUUAUCAGACCAGGAAUUACGGCAACGUUUUAAACAAGACGCCGUGUCGGCUGAACUUAAGUCAAUCUGCUCAGUAGUUAAGGAUCAUAAAGACUCGGAGAGGCAUGCCGCCGAAUGCAGAAUUGCGGCUGCCAUUGUGGAUCGAGCUUUUAUGGUUCUGUUUGUCUUGGUCUUUUGCCUCUCCACCCUGAUCAUUCUGUGUUUACCUUGUAUAAACAACUCAUAGAUUGUAAUGUAUGAGCGACGAAGGCGCACCCUCAGUGGUGUAGAUUGGGUCAUGAAAUUCAUUAUUUCAUGACACCACCAACACAGGAUAAACUCCUCCUUGAGGUGGUGGAUUGUGUGACUCUUGAAUUUGACAAGAGACGUGGCGUGACGUGACGUGUGUGCACUGUUGAAUGAGGCAACGAGCGGCAUUCGUUCCCAGUAUUCGAAAAAGAACGUAAUGCAUCAAGGGAGGAAUAGUUCCUCUCCCUCCCAGCAUUCCUUGUAACCGUGACUAUGAAGUUUUCAUCGCCUUUGGGGAAUUUUCUUUGUUUUCAAAACCCUAAAAGACAAUUAACUUCUCUUUAAGGAGAAAAAGUUACAAAUCCACGUAAACAAAUUGAGUCCGAGAACGUAAUAACAAUGUGUACAUUAUUUUCUUAAUUACCGAUUAUAAUUGAUAAAAAGACUAAGUCAAUGUUGACAGAAUGAAAAACAAUGAAGUUUGAAAAUUUUUAAUAGUUCUUUUUCUUGUAAUAUCUGUUAACUAGCUUGGCCAGCCCAAAGUAUACUUCUACUAUAAAAAUAAAUAAGUUAUGGUUAAAUUUUAAAUUAUUCAAUUUUAACGCAAAGAAUAAUUAGAGUUUCCAUGUAAUGGGAACAAAAUAUCGCCAAUAAAACAUUGUUAGUGAAUGAGAAACUAGGAUUCUUUGGUUUUAUUACAGGAGAACACCUACCUCUUGCCAGCCCUUUCCCAUUCUUUGUUUCGGCCUUUUGAGGUCAACCUCGUUUCCACGGUGAGGCUUUUCCCUCUUCCCUAAUUAACCUUAUUCAGGAUAUCCGCCAUCUUUGGACACACUUUGGGAUUGGUGGGGCAAAAGAAUGCCAGGUAGUUCCUCACAUAAUAAAAGUUGUCAAUACGAGUAUUCAUGGCCGAGAGUUUUUUCUUUUAAUUUAUUUCAACUAUUUUAGUAAAGCCCGGUUCAGACGCCGUACUUUUCAUGAGCCGAACCUAAUACAUUGAAUUAAGUACAUGAAAAGUUCGGUGUCUGAAUCAAUUAGGAACGUCUGUUUGGAACGGCUCAGCCGUUCUUUCCGGAUCUUUUCGCCUAGCGCGGCCGGGAAUUCGACUUUGGAUCGACUUUGGAACGCCUUUAAUUCAGACGCCGAACCCUUCAUGUACCGAACCUAAUGCAUAAAUUCUUAUAACGUAUUUUGUAAGCAGUUUGACCGAAAAGAGCAUUUUUCUCCUUCUGAAUUUAGUACGGCU